CUUUUCCUAAUCCUGCUCCAAAACACGAUGUACUUCUUUUCUUAGCCGAUAAGCGAAAUCCACUUGAUUCAUAAAAUUAUAUAUAUAGGCCUACCUCUUGCCCAAUUUCCGCUUUAAUUUGCAGGACUGAGAGCAAUUACAGAAAAAUAUGAAUUCGUUGGUGUUUAUUCAAUAACUCACAUGCACUUCUUCACCGACUGAUCUGCGGUCUAAACACACUCAAACAGCCAGACUCUGUUACAUCCCCACUGACGUGUGACGCAUUUUCCAUCACGGGUAUAAAGGAGCAGCAUCAUUCUCCCUCAGCAGCCGACACUCGCAGUUCAGUCCCUCUGUGCUGCACACAGUCAAACAGUCCAUUAUGCGCUCCUCGAGGUGCGGUGGUGUGAUGCGCACCGGGCUCUCUACAAAGUAACGACAGCUCUACAAACACCAACAAUGGAAAGCACAAACAACACAACAGAUUGGUUUCAGUUUCUGAACUUUUCGAACGAAAAACAAACGGAGGAAGAGGAGAUGAAGCUGAGUUACCAGGUGGUCACAUCCUUCCUGCUCGGCGCGCUCAUCCUGUGCGCAAUCUUUGGGAACGCUUGUGUGGUCGCAGCCAUCGCCUUGGAGCGCUCUCUCCAGAAUGUGGCCAACUACCUGAUCGGUUCUCUGGCUGUCACAGACCUCAUGGUGUCGGUGCUGGUGCUGCCCAUGGCGGCGCUUUAUCAAGUCUUGAACCGGUGGACUCUUGGGCCGAUCCCAUGCGACAUCUUCAUCUCUUUGGAUGUGUUGUGUUGCACAUCAUCCAUCCUGCACCUUUGUGCCAUUGCGCUGGACAGAUACUGGGCGAUAACUGAGCCCAUAGACUACAUGAAGAAGAGGACGCCUCGGAGAGCCGCGGUCCUCAUCAGUGUCACCUGGCUGGUCGGAUUCUCCAUCUCAGUGCCGCCAAUGUUGAUAAUGCGCUCCCAGCCAAGCACCAUAGCAGAGGACAGAGCGAACCCCAAACAGUGUCAAAUCAGACAAGACCCCUGGUACACAAUAUACUCCACAUUUGGCGCUUUUUACAUCCCUCUGACUUUGAUGCUUGUUUUAUACGGGCGGAUAUUCAAAGCGGCCAGGUUCAGGAUCAGAAGGACUGUGCGUAAAACGGAAAAAAAGAAAGUUACUGACUCUUGCUUGGCGUUAUCGCCCGCCUUGUUCCACAAAAAGACUCCUGGAGACGGACAAGGUAAGACCUGGAAGAGGAGCGUUGAGCCCCGACCGCUGCCCAGCGUCAACGGCGCGGUGAAACACGCGGAGGACGGCGAGUCUCUGGAGAUCAUCGAAGUGCACAGCAACUCCAAAGGCAACCUGCCGCUGCCCAACACCCCGAGCUCCGUGCCGCUUUUCGAGAAUAGGCACGAGAAGGCGACCGAGGCGAAGAGGAAGAUUGCCAUGGCACGAGAGCGCAAAACGGUGAAGACUCUCGGUAUCAUCAUGGGCACCUUCAUCCUCUGCUGGCUGCCCUUCUUCAUCGUCGCCCUGGUCAGGCCCUUCUGCCAGAACUCGUGCUACAUUCCCCGCGCCCUGGACGAUGUCAUUAACUGGCUGGGCUACUCCAACUCUUUACUAAACCCCAUCAUUUACGCGUACUUCAACAAAGACUUCCAAAGCGCUUUUAAGAAAAUUCUCAAGUGUCAUUUCUGCAGACCGUGACGGAUGUUGGUGAAAAGAGGAGCAGCACUGAAACCAAACAGCCUUUAGUGCCUAAAGUGGCACUAAAGAUGGUCCUGAUACAGAAUGACGCUAAAAGUAAAAAAAUAAAGAGGGAUGAAAAACUGUCGAUCAUAAUCAUCGGUAUCAGUAUUGAAGUAUUACCAGACGUGUCUGUAGUCUAUGCAUAGAUAAAGCUGUGAUCGUUACGCUCCAUGUUCCACAUAUUGUUCUUUAAUGUUCAAUAAAGAUAUACUUUUUCACGAUGUACAUUAGUCGUGUUUUAAACAUACAGUAUCUAAUUCAGCCUGCUGACUAAAAACAGUGUUUGAAAGUGAAUAUAUUUCUCCUGUGGCUACUGGAGACGAUGUUUUCAUAAAU